UUCAUCAACCUCUUUGCUGGUUCUCAAAAGGUUCAGCUUUUCCUUUGUUUAGGUCUUAAUGGCAAUUGAUGAGAAGUACGGUCUCUAUAUCGGAAAUCUGUCGCCAAAGACUACUCGCGAUGAUCUCAGCGACAAAUUUAUGAGAUGGGGGUCAUCGUUUUCUAGCCAGAUCGUGGAGGACAAAAUCACAGGUCGUCCUCGUGGUUUUGCAUUUGUGUAUUACCAAGAUGAACGUGCACUAGAAGAUGCACUCAUGCAUACAAUCGGCACAAAGCUUCAUGGUCGAGUUCUCAACAUAAAAAGGGCGCACCGCAACACGGGAAAAGGUGAUUCGGCUAUGGUUAUAGAGGGAAAUCUUGUUGCUAUAUAUGUGGAGAAGGCCAUUUUGCAGGAGACCGUCCUGGUUUUGACAGUUGAGGUGAUGGUGGGAGCUGUGAAGACAGUUCACACUGCUACAGUUGUGGGAACCUGGCCAUUUCGCCCGAGAAUGUUAUUCAUCAAAUGCUACAAAAUGUUACUGUGAUGACAAAGAGUUGCAUCCCACAUAUGGAGAGGCAGCAACACGAACAAAGGCACAAUUAAAAGAGACAGCUGGUGUGGCACCUCAGAUGAAGGGUCUUUAGAGGGACUGAUAAUGAAUAAGUGGAUCCUACCUCUGCAGAGAACCUAACUUUGUUAAGGUUCGCAGCUAAAUGUUUGAUAGAGACAUCCACUGCAACUCCUCAUGCAGGUAGUAUAAAGAAGGCGGAACCUGCUAUUGUUGACAUCUUUAGUGAUAACGAGAGCAAAGACAUGUCUCUGCAGAUGGAGAAGACAACGCAAGUCAUGGGAUUCCCGGUGCCUAACAAAUAUGUUGCCCUCUACAAAGCAAUAUAUGAAAAACAUGGGCAUAUAGCCACAAAGACGGUCAUAAAGAAUUCAAUGAUGGCAUUAUUUUCCCUUGUUACUGAUCUUUUAGCCAUAAUAAGCCAAAUGAAGGAGACGUCAUUUUCAAACUUGAGCAUGUCUUUACCGAAUCAUUGGGAAUCAAAGGUGUCCACAGCUGAGGCGAUGGAGUUCAAUGUUGGCUGGCUCAGGACUAGACUAAAUGAACUGAAGGUUGAGCUUAUUGUUGCGAAAACCCUUCGUUCUAUGUUGCGCAAUGAUGGAAAGGUUCUCAAGGUAACUCGAGAUGAUGUUAAAGUCGCUUCUAAACCGGAGGAAACUUUGAAGGCACAGUUGUUAAGCAGAAUCAUGCAGUCAAAGUAAAGCACAAGUUGAACUGGUACGAAGCUAGCGUGAAAACCCAGCAGAGGCAAAAGAAGAAAAAAGAAGCUGUACAAUGUCGGUUAGUCCUUCGUAUUUGUUUCUUUAACUUUUCCUCAUUUCACUUUGAACAAUUUUCACCUAGACAAUUGAAAGGUGUUUCCCGUAGUUAUUUCCCGAGGGCUCUUAGAUUGCAUCCUUGUGUGCAAAUGCUAAGUUUUCUGCUGAGUGUACUGCUAUACAGUAGUGGGUUAAUUCCCCAUUAAUUACUGUAUCAACAUGCUGGUCCUUUCAGUUAAACCCUUUCAAUGUGCAAAUAUUUUAAUGGAAUUAUAUGAGAUAACUCAGAAAAGUUAGAUUUGGACAAAGAUUUUUGUUUUAAUGAUGAAUGUUCAGGAUGCUAAUAUCAUGUUCAUUAGAAUUCAAACAUAGCUUGACUGUAUAAUUCCAUGCUGCACACUGGAAGUGAAAAGAAUGAGUGGAAAUUCAAUUAAAAAGUGUCACAACUUGAUCUAAUUACAUUUCAAAUUGGUCUAAGAACAGAUAAAAGGGACGACUGAAUGAUAAAUCUAGCUAAUUUUUACAUAGCCUCUACAUUUACUUUCCAGGGGCGAAAU